GGGGUACGGUUGACGCUCGGUUUUAUUCGUUAAAGUUGUGGGUGAGGAAGGUCGGUGGCUAAUGAGGAAAGAGAAAACGCGUGUGGCAACGUCUUAACAUCACGCGGGCUUCACGCUGUCUGUGCAGAGAACGGCUUCCUCAUCGACCCUCCCCCAUUCAACCCUCAUUUACAACCUCCGGCAGCAGCUUGUGCCUAUGAGAGAGAGUGUGUGUGUGUGUGUGUUUGUGCAAGAUCCUGUGAUCUCUCAGCAGCGGAUCUGCGUUCUUGUUAAAGCUGUGGAUCGCUGUUACCCCACUUCUCCAGCCAUUGCAUCGCUGAAGAGAUCAGACUGAAGGAGGCAGUCAGGAGCAAGGCUGGUUUGGCAUUAGUAGUGCCUGUAGUCAACAAGUUCCUCGCAGCUAUUAGCAUCUCUCGGAAUCCCCUCUUGCCCUGCCUUAAAUGACUGAUAUCGUACACGUACUUCCACCAUUCCCGUAUUCAUUUUUACUGUUUCGGAUUCUGCAAUCCAUUAGUUAGUCGAGCUUUUGUUUCAUACAAUGUUGAAGGUUCUAACCAAAAAGCUCAGAGCACAAACAUUGAAUGAGAUCCAGCCCUUUCAACUGAAGAUAUCCUACUCACCAAGAAAUGAGGAUGACAGUGAUGACUCGGAAGGGGAGAAUCAAGAAUUGGCGCUGAUUGAUCAAGGUGUUGCCCAAGACUGUUUUACCUGCAUCAUCCAUCCUAGUUCCAAUCAGCAUGUAGUGAUGAUGUGUUUCCUCCAGUGUCUGCUACUAAGCUUUUUCAAGUUGCAGCCCCUUCCUGAAAGUCAGAGGAAUUGUCGCCUGUCAUCAUUGUCGCCCAUCUGUCGAGAAAGUCAGAAGCGCCUCUGCGAAGUACGGACCGUAUUUGAUCCCCUGGACUGUGAGAGCUCCGAGGAAGAGCUUGAACGCAUUAACAGAGAAUUUGGAGGGGAGAAGCGCAAGUGGUCGCAGGUGAACAGACUCAGUUGCUACAGCGACAGUGCGUCGUCUAGCGACGAAGAGGUCAAAGACUUAUGUGGCAUGUCCUUCAAGCCUGUACCACAAGCCGAUCAGAAGUACAUCCACAGCAGCCCUGUGCCAUUCAGUGCCACACCUCCCAAGAGACUCCAUCCCUUGGUCCAGAGGCCAUCAGGACAGAUCAUACUGCACAGUGUUGGCACCUCAGUUGACCAGGCAACACCAUGCAAGCGGCACAGGCAGGGCCAAGACUUCAGCAGGCCAAGCCUGGAUUUGGAGAAAAUGCAACAGCUAUUGCAGUACCAGGAUCCUAAGUGAUGUGUAGAACAAACAGCUAAAAAGGAUGGCCUCUCUCUCUCCACGCUCCUCCAGACAUAUAAUAUCACUUAAUUGAUGGAAAAUAUUCUUCUCUAAAGGUGAAAACGCACAACAAUGGCCCAGACAUCACUAUGUUGGUGUUUCUCUUUCACACAAAGCGCCUGGCCUAGGGUACUCGAGACUCUAUUGUAUCAAAAUAGGUCAUUCUGUCUGCCUGGCUCCUCCUUCAGAAUCUGCAUCGACACUUUCGUUUUGCUCAAAGAUUUUUGAGAGAAAAAGAACAAGCUCUCACCCUUUUAACCCAUUCGUCGCCCAUUUAAUGCAUCUGGGUAGAUCACUUUUGAGGUCUUCAGUUACCGUGGUAACUGGGGGAAUGGCUAAUUCCAGGCCGAGGAUCCUGACAAUGUAUUUGGUAACAGAACCCCAGAAGAUAUCAAAGUGGUUAUUUACAAAAAAGAAAGAUGAAAGAAGAGGAAUAUACUGCUGUC